CACCCGCUUUUCUUAAAGUCUUUGACCGAAGAAACAGCCACGUGCUCGUGUCAACGGCAGCCGGUUCGCAGAAGCACACCCGCUCCGCAGUCACCACCUACUCCGCCCGACGCUCCAUCUACAAGUACCGUCUCUUCCGCUGUGCCGCACCCGCACGCCCAGCGCCGAGCACCAACCCCUUCCCUUCCGUUCAGGCAAGCAAGUCGUCGAACACCCCGGCGGCGCAAACACCGAGGCUCCCCGUUGGCCGGCCACCGACCGCAGCAAUGCUCCUAACCAAGCCCCACCCCGCCCGCAUCCUCCCCUCCGCAUUCCUCCCGAAUCCUAACCUCAACGCUGCCCGCGCCAGCACCCUCGCUUCGCCCGCGCCCCAUGGACGCCGCGGGCUCCGCGUCUCGGCCUCCUCCCUGGCGCCGGCGGGGCCGGCGUCCGCUUCCCAUCCAACGUCCGCGGCGCUGAACCGCGUGGACGUUCUGUCGGAGGCGCUCCCCUUCAUCCAGCGGUUCAAGGGCAAGACGGUGGUGGUGAAGUACGGCGGCGCGGCCAUGAAGUCGCCGGAGCUGCAGGCGUCGGUGAUCCGCGACCUGGUCCUCCUCUCCUGCGUCGGCCUGCGCCCCGUGCUCGUGCACGGCGGCGGCCCGGAGAUUAACUCCUGGCUGCAGCGCGUCGGCGUCGAGCCGCAGUUCCGCAACGGCCUCCGCGUGACCGACGCGCUCACCAUGGAGGUCGUGGAGAUGGUGCUGGUUGGCAAGGUCAACAAGCAGCUCGUCUCCCUCAUCAGCCUCGCCGGCGCCACCGCCGUCGGUCUCUGCGGCAAGGACGCGCGCCUCCUCACCGCGCGCCCCUCCCCCGACGCCGCGGCCCUCGGGUUCGUCGGCGAGGUGACGCGCGUCGACCCCUCCGUGCUCCACCCGAUCAUCGCCUCCGGCCACAUCCCGGUCAUCGCCACCGUGGCCGCCGACGAGACCGGGCAGGCCUACAACAUCAACGCCGACACCGCGGCGGGGGAGAUCGCGGCCGCCAUUGGCGCCGAGAAGCUGCUGCUGAUCACCGACGUGUCCGGCAUACUCGCGGACCGGGACGACCCCGGGAGCCUGGUGAAGGAGAUUGACAUCGCCGGCGUGCGGCGGAUGGUGGCCGAGGGGAAGGUUGGUGGGGGGAUGAUACCCAAGGUGGAGUGCUGCGUGCGGGCGCUGGCGCAGGGCGUGCACACGGCCAGCAUCAUUGACGGCCGCGUCCCGCACUCCCUCCUGCUGGAAAUCCUCACCGACGAAGGAACCGGCACUAUGAUCACUGGCUGAACAUUUUCGCGGCAUUGUUUUCUCUUUUUUCUACUGUAUUUUUGUUCAUUGGUUUGGAUGGUUUUGUGUGAAGGGUUGCUUCACGUGUUGUAACUUUGAGUUUUCGAUUCGAAUUCUGGAUGAGGAACAUAUGUGACAGAUUGCAACUUCAUGCAGGAUAUAUACAGUUUGGCGGCAAUAAUACAAGAUCUGCCACUGGACUAUUA